UAGAUUACAUUUAAGCAUUUCAUAACCCAACAGUGUUCUUACUGCCGUUAGUGAUUUAUAAAUCAGAUGUUUUUGACAUUCAACCAUAAACAUCAAAGCAUUUAUUAAAGGAAAACAUUGAAAUGGCGUACCUUAUUAUAAAAAUUGUGUUCUUUUUUCUAAAUUAUCUCCGCUCAAUGGAGAUAAUUUGGAAAUUGUUUGAUUCUAACCGGUUAGCAAGGAAACGUUUGCUGUAUGAACACUUAGCACUAAAAAUGUGUAGUAUAUAUGGAGCGAAGUCAACAAGGUCUAUUUGGAUAAAGGCAAGUACAUAUAUAAAUAUUGGUAUUAUAACUUCGUUUAAUUAUAAUGUGUAUAUAAUUUAGACUCGUGGCCAAAUGUUUUGGGAAGUCGACUGCCAGGUGAAUUCGGAUGCGUUUUUUAAAAACAACUUCCGAAUGAAGCGCAAUUCUUUUAUUAAAUUGUGCAUUAUGUUGAAAGGUUUUGAGAAGGAAAAUACCAACUACCGCAAAGCAAUUCCAUUAGAGAAACGCAUUGCUAUUGCUUUAUAUGCUCUUGGCUCUUCUGCAGAAUAUCGAACAAUUGGAAAUAUGUUCGGAAUUGGUAAAAGCACUGUCUGCUCAAUUCUAAUUGAUUUCUGUCAUGAAGUCUGGCGUUGUUUGUUGCCUUUGUAUUUGAAGAAAUUCCCAAUGAACGAAAUUCAAUUGCGCGAAUAUUUAAAUGGUUUUGAGUCAUUGGGUUUCCCUCAAGUGUUAGGAGCUAUAGAUGGUUGUCAUAUAGAAGUUCGCCCAGCUGCAGAAGAUGCUGUUGACUACUACAAUUACAAAGGCUGGUAUUCCACAGUUCUUUUGGCUUUAGUAGAUGCAAGAUGUCGCUUUAUAUACAUCAACGUUGGUAGUCCAGGCCGUUGUAAUGACUCUUCAAUAUUUGAGAGAUCAUCUUUAAAAUGCGAGUUGGCACAAUCUACUAUAUUUAAAGACAUGAGUAAACAAAUAUCGUCAGUUAAUGUUCCAGUCGUUUUGUUGGGCGACUCUGCGUUCAAAUUUGAUGAACAUUUGAUGAAACCGUACCCAUUUUGUGUAAACCAAACUUUUGGAUAAAAAAAAAUUCAACUAUGUACUCUCGAAAUGCCGAAGAGUGGUGGAGAAUGCUUUCGGUCAUUUAAAGGGAAGGUUUAGACGGGUUGGAAAAGGCUUGGAUAACCACAUGGCCAACACGAAAAUCGUCAUAAAAGCGUGCUGCGUUUUGCACAACUUUUUAAAUGAGGAAAAUGAUGAAAUUAACGAAAAGUGGAUUGCAGCACAACAAAUCGAAAACGAAUCUCGGCAGUCGUCAGAAGACGUCUCUAACAUUUGUGGAAAUGUCAACCCAAGAGCAGAGGAAAUAAGACAAGCGUUCGUUUCGUAUUUCGGUGAGUUAUUACAUUCAACUUUGAAAUAUUAUUAAAUCUCAACCGAUCCAUACUUACAUAUCUCAUAAUU